CCGCCGCCGCCGCCGCCGCCGCCGCCGUCCCUGCCCGCCUUCCCCCGGAAAGCGCCUGUGCCGGAGCCUCGGCGUUUCACGGUUUUCCCAGCUCGGGGCUGUUCGUGUCGCCGCCCCCUUCGCCUUGGAUCAUGUUCAAGAAAUUUGACGAGAAAGAAAAUGUGUCGAACUGCAUCCAGUUGAAAACCUCGGUGAUUAAGGGCAUUAAGAACCAGUUGAUAGAGCAGUUUCCAGGUAUCGAACCGUGGCUUAAUCAGAUCUUGCCUAAGAAGGAUCCGGUCAAAAUAGUGCGGUGCCACGAACACAUAGAGAUCCUCACGGUAAACGGAGAGUUACUGUUCUUUAGACAAAGAGAAGGCCCCUUUUAUCCGACCCUGAGGCUGCUGCACAAAUACCCGUUCAUCCUGCCGCACCAGCAGGUCGAUAAAGGAGCCAUCAAAUUUGUGCUCAGUGGCGCCAACAUCAUGUGCCCAGGCCUGACGUCUCCCGGAGCCAAGCUCUACCCGGCCGCCGUCGACACGGUUGUGGCGAUCAUGGCCGAGGGGAAGCAGCACGCGCUGUGCGUCGGGGUCAUGAAGAUGUCCGCGGAGGACAUUGAGAAAGUCAACAAAGGCAUCGGCAUCGAGAACAUCCACUACCUCAACGACGGGCUGUGGCACAUGAAGACCUACAAGUGAGCCGACCGGACGGCGCGCGCCCGGUGUGGCCGUGGCCGUCGUGCCGUGUCGGUGUCCUGCCCGUGUCCGUGUGUGACGGCGGUGCCCGUGUGCUUCUGCCGCCCAGGCUCCACAGGCGGCGUCACGCUAAGGGAAGCCACAGCUAAACCGAAGUAAAGUUUUGGAACGA